CCUCUCUAAAAAUCCAAAACAAUUUAUAUGAUGUUUAUCAACAAAUUAGUCCACUGAGAAAUCUAAUUCAGUUCGAAUAUAACUAGGUGUUUGCUGAUCCCAACUGUUCGCAUGUGUUUUUGACGAAUUUGAACUGGACUUAUUGUAUUGUGAACUCCCUGAAUCAAAAAGCAUAAAAUGACCACCUCUGUACCAGUGAUGAUUUAGUUAGUUCCUUGACAUGUGUAUGCUCUAUAAUCUAUCAAAAUUACUACCUCUCAUCUUCAUUAAAGUUGUACAUUGCCUGGCAGCAUGUAAUAAUGCAGAAUAUGAAAUUAAUGGAGAGUGCUGCCCAAUGUGUGAUCCAGGAAAGCGAGUUUAUAAACAUUGUGAUGAGUUCACAAGCACAACAUGUGAUUCAUGUCCUGCAAUGACCUACACUAACACUCCAAAUGGACUGACACAAUGUCUGUCAUGUUCUGUCUGUGAUCCAAGUAAUGGGCUGAGAGUAAAGCAGGCAUGUACAUUAAUAUCAAAUACAGUGUGUGAACCUCUGCCUGGUUAUUACUGUAUAGACAUGUUUUCAAACUGUAAAAAGGCCAGGAAACAUUCAUCCUGCUCACCUGGACAAUACAUCAACCAAACCGGAACAGAAUUCAGUGAUACAGUGUGUGAUGACUGUCCUGCUGGCUCAUAUUCAAAUGGUACACUCUGCAAACUGCAUACAAACUGUGAAUCUCUUGGCAAAAUAACAAUCAAGAAAGGAACAGAUACGACUGAUGCUGAGUGCAGUAACAGAGCAUCUUCUUAUUUAUUGCCACUGAUUCUGUGUUUGUGUUUGCUGUUGUUUAUUGUCACAACUGUGAUCAUUGUAAAAGGAAAAAAUAAGCUAAAUUGUCGAUUAAGUCAAGUUACAACCCAUGAUAUCCAACCCAGGAACGGUCAAGCGUCUUUAGCGUCAGUUUGAAGAUGUCAAUGGUCACUGGUAUGACAGCAAAUCAGUGCCAAUAGGCUCGUUUGAGAUGAGCAAUUUCUGCGCAGAAUCGAUCACCGCAGGACGCAUGCUAGUAAGAAAUGUGUUCGAGUUACGUCCGCCUUGCUCUGAUGUCAUGCUGACGUGUGCCAAAAAACUCUCACGAAGUCGAGGAGGCUGUGUCGGAUUGAGCAGUCGGGCGCAGUAGUUCUCCACCGACUGCGCUGACCAAAGGCACGAUGGGAAAUGCCUGGAUGACGACCAGUGUUGGGAAGGUUACUUUGGAUUACAAUUACUUUAUUAAAGUAAUGUAACUUAUUACUUUUAAUUACUUUUUGAUUACUUUUCUAAAUUUCUGAUAUUUUCAACUGUUAAUCAUUUUGAAACAUUUAAACCAGGCAGAGUUAACCUUACAGUAGCACUCAACACUGAUUACUGUUAGACUUUCAAAAUCCUUUAUGACUUGAAUUAAGAUUAUAAUAAGUAAGGGAUAAUAUACAUCUUUAUUUUGCGAUAACAACUGGCUGAAUGUACAUUAUCUCACUUAUUACACAGCUGCUUGAUGUUUCGUGUCAAAAUUAUUAGACACUAAACACUGAUCUGAGUUGAAAUAUUUGAACACUAAGCUUCCAUGAAGAAAAGUUGCUAGCAAACGGCAAGUUCAAACUAGACAUUUUAGGGAUACAGUGCAGUCAUACCAGUUUUCUUACACAACAUCUCACCACAUAAAUAAUUAAGUAGUAGUGCUGGUUUGUUACACUCUAAAAAAUGCUGGGUUAAAAACAACCCAAUUUGGGUUAUUUUGGCAACCCAGCGCUGGGUAAAAAAGGGACGAACCCAACGCUGGGUUGUUUUGACCCAGCGAGUUGGGUUGAAUUAUUGACCCAGCAUGCUGGGUUGCUUUUUUAUUGUUUAAAAUUACUACACUGCUAGGCUAAAAUGAACCCAAAAUUGAGCUAGGCAUUAAAUCUACAAAUCUUGAUCAUUAUAAAAUCACUUUAACACACACAGAAUGACUAUCAAAAGAUAAAUGUUUAUUAAAACUACAACAAGAGAAAACAUUCAAAAGUAACAUGCAUGUGAAAAGAAAUGCAGAAAAAGUAUGGCAUUAGCAGGUACAGAGUUUAUAAAUGAAGCACUGAACAUCUGCUGACUAUUUUGUCUGGUAAAUUCUGUAUAUUGUAUAAAACUACUGUACAAAAACACUACUUUACAAUAAUUGUACAAUUAGUUAAUAGUUUCUUUCUUUCUUUUUUUUUUUUUAAACACAAACUAAAAAUAAAACCACAACAUUAACACUGACAUUAUAACAUGUAACACAAGCAAAUGUGUGAAGUAUUGUGAGCAUGUGUAUGAAUGAAUGUGAACUCCAUUUCUACUGAACAACACAGAACAAGCAUUUGACAUUUUGUUUUUACAGACUAUACACUUACGGUUUGUUUCAUAGUCCAUGAUCGCAUACAGAAAAUGCAUCACUGCCAAUUUUCAUUAUCUCUUUAAGAUAACUGAUGUAGUCAUGAAGCCCCAUCAGCUCAGCAAAGGCGUGCAACAUCUUUGACAUUAUCCGGGGUGGCCUCCUCCUUUAAAACCACUGUUGCAUCAGUUUGGGGGAAAGAUCAUUUCUCCUCUUUGUCCAGCAUUCAUCCCAGUCACCACCUGCUCUUCAUCAGUGGCCUAAAAUAGAAAAACAUUUAAAAAAGAAAACAUUUAGUUCAAAUGUAACCAUUUUCAAACAGGAACCUCUACAUAAAACAUUAUUUUACACUUAGUCAAACAAAAAAAUAAUUAUGACCUUUACUUGCCUUAAACCACCUUUCCCUCUCUUAUGAACGAGCUGAGAAUAUCACAUCCUCACACAAGCAGGAUUCUGUGUCAUUAACUCCAAAGUUGGUUUAGGUUCUGCAAUUAAAAACACAGACAUCAGUGGUUUAAUUAAAAUGUGAACAAGUCAUCAUACUGUUCAAAAUGUGAAGCAAACAAACAGGAGACAACAGAAACAUGUAUUUUCUACAAAUAACCUGCAUCAAUCUCAAAAGAAUUAAGCGCUCACCUAUGUCUCUGGCUUUCUACAUAAUGUCUCUGGCUCACCUACAUAAAAUGUUUUUUUACUCUUAGACAAAAAAAAACAAACAAAAAAAAUAAAUAAAAAAAAUAAAAACACUGAUAACAUGACAUUAUGACCUUUACUUGCCUUAAACCGCCUUUCCCUCUCUUAUGAAGAAGCUGAGAAGAUCACCUCCUCACACAAGUAGGCUUCUGUGUUGUUAACUCCAAAGUUGGUUUGAGUUCUGCAAUGAAAAACACAGACACCAAUGGUUUAAAUAAAAUGUGAACAAGUCAUCAUACUGUUCAAAAUGUGAAGCAAACAGGUAGAAGACAACAGAAACAUGUAUUUUCAAAAAUAACUCACAUCAAUCCUGAAAGAAUGAAGCUCUCCUAUGUCUCCGGCUUUCAACAUCUACAAAAAAGUAAACAUUCUUUUACUACUAGUCAAAAAAAUAUAUAAUAUGGAAUUAUGACAUUAUGACCUUUACUUGCCUUAUACUGUCUUUCUCUCUCUUCCGAAGAAGCUGAGGAGAUCACCUCCUCUCACACAGUCUUCUGUGCCGUUAACUCCAGAGCUGGUUUGAGUUCUGCAAUGAAAAAUAUGCACAUCAAUUAUUUCAUUAAAAUGUGAACAAGUAAUCAUACUAUUUUUGCAUCAAAAUAUUAAGUAAACAGGCAGAAGACAAUGGAAACAUUUAUUUUCUACAAAUAGCUCAUAUCAAUCAAAAAAGAAUUAAUCUAUCCUGUCUCUGGCUUUGAACAUCUACAUAAAACAUAUUUUUACUCUUAGACAAAUAAAUAAAUAAAUAAAUCAAAUAAAAGAUAACAUUAAAUUAUUACCUUUACUUGCCUUAAAUCGCCUUUCCCUCUUUUCUAAAGCUCAGAAAAAUUGCCUCCUCAUACAAGUAGGUGCCUGUGGUGUUAGCCCCAAAGUUGAGUUCUGCAAAAAACGGACAUCAAUGGUUUAAAUAAAAUGUGAACAAGUCAUCAUACUGUUGUUGUAUCAAAAUGUGAAGUAAACAGGCAGAAGACAACAGAAACAUGCAUUUUCUAAAAAUAACAGGCAUUAAUCCUGAAAGAAUGAAGCUCUCCUAUGUCUCUGGCUUUCAAUCUCUACAAAAUGCAACCAUUCUUUUACUAAUAGUCAAAAAAAGGUGAUAUUAUAUGGAAUUAUGACCUUUACUUGCCUUAUACGGUCUUUCCGUCUCUUCUGAAGAAGCCGAGCCGAUCGCCUGCUCUCACACGCCGUCUUCCGUGUCGUUAACUCCCGCCGCGGGCACAAUGAAGACUCAAAGCUCAACAAGCCUGAAAUAUUACAUGAAAAACAUUACUUUUAACAAUUAAAACUUAAUCAGCCUUAAAAUAAUUAAGCUAGUCUUCAUUACACGACGCCGUUUUCUUUAGGAAACUACUUUAAGUUUAAUCGCGGGAAAAAAAAAGUUUACGAAUUAACAUGCAAAUCGGUUAACGCUCCUCUAUUAACACCUAAAUCUUGUGUAAAUAUGACAUAUGAAACUCACAGACGUUGUAUUAAAGCUAUCUCUUCCGUUCAGUAGAAGAGGCCGUUAAGACUAUUUCUGAGGCGAAAACCGCGUCAGCGUAUUUUUCAAUAAAAGCUCUUUUCCGACUUUUCCCGCGUUCCAUUAAGUCUCAAAAUACUCCCGGACACACAUACUGAAUGAUGAUUUAACAUUUUUUAAUCUUUACUUACCGAAAAUCGUCCUUCACUCGCUUCCAUCUGCAGACGCUGAGAAAAUGGCCGCUUCUCGCACUUUUUGACGUACGGUGGACACGACGUGCCUGCUCUCUCUCGAGUCCGCGUUCCUAACCCAGCACCGCUGGGUUAUACAUUAAGACCAGUUUUAACCCAAAAUUGGGUUAAAUUAACCCAACUUUCUUACCCAGCGGUCUCAACCCAGCAUUUGGUUUGAAAAAACAACCCAGCGUUUUUUAGAGUGUAGUUAUCUUAUAAUCCAUUACAAUGUAAAAAAAAAAAAAAAAAAGUCA